GAUUUCAGCAUGUUGAUCAGGCUGGUCUGGAACUUCUGACCUCAGUGAUCUGCCCACCUUGGCCUCCCAAAGUUCCAGCAUUAUGGGUGUGAGCCACUGUGCACAGCCCUCCUUCAAUUUUAAAACCAUCACUAUGCACCCUAUGCCUAUGCUAGGCACUGGAAUAAGAUGAAGCACCUUCUUGGAGUUUACAUGCUGAUAAUUGUGCCAGACAGUAAUAGCUCAGUUGCUCUCCCUGAAAGGAAGAGUAUGCUCGGAUUUCACCUUGGAGGAGGAAGAGUUCAGGCUACCACAACUGGACUAGCACUUCUGAAGAUCCCAAGGCAAGGUCCCGUCACCCCACCCCACCACACCACAGCAGGCUGCUGGAGGCCUGGGACCACCUGGGUCUGUGGCCCAAAUCCUUCCUCGCUAAGGGGAGGGGUCGGGGUGUUUGGGCAGGAUUGUGACAUAAGAUUGCCCUGGAGCUGAGAUCCGGCCACUGCACUCCAGACUGGGCGGCAGAGCGAGACUCCGUCUCAAAAAAUAAAAAAAUGAUUGCCCUGGUGACAUGGAGCGGAUCUGGACCCAAGCCUAAUAAAGGUGGCGUAAAUAAAGGUGUCAUAAAGACAGGGCGGGGCGCACGCUUAUAAGAGGCACGAGCAUCUUGGGGUUGCCAGAAUGACUCCCGCUGAGUGCUCAGAACCCGCGUGUGUCAUGUCCCGACCGCGUUUCUGGGGCCCAUGGCCUCUCCUCACGUGGCAACUACUGUGUCUACUAGUCAAGGAGGCUCAGCCUCUGGAGUGGGUCAAAGACCCGCUCCAGCUGACCUCUAACCCCCUGGGGACACCUGAGCCCCGGUCUUCCCGCUCCUCCCAUCUCCCAUGGGAAUCUCCCCAUGUGCCCACUCCCCCGGCAGACCCGGGGGACUUUGAUUACCUGGGGCCCUCUGCUUCCUCGCAGAUGUCAGCCUUGCCCCAAGAAUCGACUGAAAAUUUGAUUCCAUUCGUGGACCCGGAUUCAGCUCAAGAGCUCCCCCUGGGGCCAGAGCAGUUCUCCGCUGCACACCAGGAUUUAAAUGAGAAGUUGACUCCGCAAGAAAGGCUCCCAGAGGUGGUCCCAAUGCUGGACGGGGAUGAGAACGAGACCCUAGUUCAGCUUCCUCGCCUCAAAAGUAACGUUCCAACUGCAGAUCUAGAUCGGGCUGCAGGUCAUCAGGCAGAUGAAAGGCUUGUUCCGCUACACAGUAAGAUCUCAAAACCAAUCACAUUUAUUGUUUCGCCCAAGAACCUGAAGAAAGAUGUAGCUCAGCGUUGGAGCCUUGCUGAGAUUGAUGGAAUUCCACACCAAUUAUCCAAGUCUGGGCAUCAGAAACAGACUUUGCAGGAUGAAUAUUCGAGUAUGGAUACACUGUAUCCCAGCAGCCUGCCUCCAGAACUCAGGGUGAACUCAGAUGAGCCUCCAGGGCCCCCUGAGCAAGUUGGACUUUCUCAAUUCCAUCUAGAGCCUGAAACUCUAAAUGCAGAGAUGCUUGAAGACAUCCAGUCCUCUUUACUCCAGCAAGAUGCCCCAGGGGAGCUUCCACAGCUCCCUGAGGAGGAAGAACCUUCUUCAACCCAAGAGGAGGCCCCAGAUCUGUCUCCAGCAUCCUCUAUAGAGAGUCUAACUCUAACGAAUCCUGAGGUGACAGUUCAACCCCCAGGUGAGGAUCAAUCUCUUUAUAACUUGCCUGGCAUUACAGUUAAACCUGCAGAUGUGGAGGUUCCCAUGACUCCAGAGGCUGAAAACGAGACAAAAUCUUCCCAAGCCGAGCAGGAGUCCCCAGGUCAGCCUCCAGAGGAGGUGGAACCUUCUGCAACCCAACAGGAGGCCCCAGCUGAACCUCCAGGUCCUCCUGUGGAGCCUGAACUUCCCCCUAGUGAGCAGGAGCAGCCAGCUAAGCCUUAGGAGUCUUCUGGGGAGGUUGAAUCUUCUCCAGCCCAGCAGGAGACCCCAGCUCAGCCUCCAGAAGAGAUGGAGUCAUCUGCAAUCCAACAGGAGGCCCCAAUUGAGAUUCCAGGUCCUCCUAUAGAGGCUGAACUUUCCCCCAGUGAGCAGGAGCACCCAGCUCAGCCUUCUGAGUCUUCUGGGGAGGCUGUAUCUUCUCCAGCCCAGCAGGAGACCCCAGCUCAGCCUCCAGAAGAGAUGGAGUCAUCUGCAAUCCAACAGGAGGCCCCAACUGAGCUUCCAGGUCCUCCUAUAGAGGCUGAACCUUCCCGCAGUGAGCAGCAGCAGCCAGCUCAGCCUUCUGAGUCUUCUGGGGAGGCUGAAUCUUCUCCAGCCCAGCAGGGGACCCCAGCUCAGCCUCCAGAAGAGAUGGAGUCAUCUGCAAUCCAACAGGAGGCCCCAACUGAGCUUCCAGGUCCUCCUAUAGAGGCUGAACUUUCCCCCAGUGAGCAGGAGCAGCCAGCUCAGCCUUCUGAGUCUUCUGGGGAGGUUGAAUCUUCUCCAGCCCACCAGGAGACCCCAGCUCAGCCUCCAGAAGAUAUGGAGUCAUCUGCAAUCCAACAGGAGGCCCCAACUGAGCUUCCAGGUCCUCCUAUAGAGGCUGAACUUUCCCCCAGUGAGCAGGAGCAGCCAGCUCAACCUUCUGAGUCUUCUGGGGAGGUUGAAUCUUCUCCAGCCCAGCAGGAGACCCUAGUUCAGCCUCCAGAAGAGAUGGAGUCAUCUGCAAUCCAACAGGAGGCCCCAACGGAGCUUCCAGGUCCUCCUAUAGAGGUUCAACUUUCCCGCAGUGAGCAGGAGCAGCCAGCUCAGCCAUCUGAGUCUUCUGGGGAGGCUGAAUCUUCUCCAGCCCAGCAGGAGACCCCAGCUUAGCCUCCAGAAGAUAUGGAGUCA